AUGGCCAAAGUCGCAGUCUUUCCUGCCUCAGGCAAGAUCGGUUCGAGUAUCUACACCCACCUGUUCAAACUGCUUCCUCCAAAGGAGCUUCUUUUGAUAUCCCGCUAUCCCGAGAAAACCCCUUCCCACAUGGUGCAAGCAGGCGUUGCUACGAGGACAGCGGAUUAUAAUGAUACUGAUUCGUUAGAACAUGCUUUUGAUGGUGUAGCGUGUCUGAUUCUCAUUUCGUAUCCGAGUAUCGAGAGUGACCAUAGAUUCAAAGUCCACAAAGUAGCCCUUGACGCCGCACACCGCAGCGGUGUAUCUCAUGUUUGUUACACGUCUCUCGCAUUCGGCGGCGACUGCACUCCGGAUUCCGUCGCCCAUGUCAUGCAAGCGCACUUGAAGACGGAGUCAUAUCUCAAGUCGCUUGAGUCAGGGUCAACAGAGAGGUCGGACAAAACGCCAAUUACUUUCACAGCAAUUCGUGAGGGGAUUUAUUCAGAGAGCUUCCCUAUGUACACUGGAUUUCCUAACCCCCAUGACCCGCCUGAUGAGGUGAGGAUCCCUCAUGAUGGUUCCGGGCCAGGGAUCGCAUUUGCAAAGAUUGAUGAUUUGGGAGAGGCGACCGCCAAGCUGGUAAAGGAAUACCUGGAUUCGCCGACUAAUUUUAAAUAUAAGAAUCAGGUUAUGCUGUUGAGCGGGCCGAGAGUGUGGAGUCUUGCGGAGACAGUAAAGCUGUUGGGAAAGCUCAAAGGGAAGGAUAUGAAGGUGAAACAGGUUACCGAGGAAGAGUACGUGGCGGAGCCGCGAGUGCAGGAUAUGCUAGGUUCGCAUGGACCUGGCGAGGUGCCUAAGCAGUGGGCGACGUCAUUCGAUGCUGUGAAGAAGGGAGAAUGCGCGGUGGCUUCCAUCGAGCUGGGGCGGCUGCUCGGGCGGGAGCCUGAGGGGUUGGGGGAGACCAUGGAGAAGAUGGUUGACAGGUAA